AUGCCACCCCCUCCAAUCCAUCGCCGCCAAGAAUCAAACACUACCUACUCCCGCCCCUCAAUACUCCCAGGGAGCAACUACAACACUACAGCAACCCACACAUUCAACACAAACCCGAACACUACAUACACCCCCAACUACAACUCCAGCGCCUCGACCCCAUCCAUGUCCGCUGCUAAGUCGCGCCAAUACGCCCACCUCCAUGCCCAGCUCGCACAGCUCAACGCCAACCUCGCCGACACAGAGAACCUACUCCCGUAUGACCGCUGCGGGUAUUCUGGGGCCCUGUUUAUGGGGUCUGCGAAGAUUCUGGGCGAGGAGGGGGUUAAGGGAAAUGCGGAUAAGGAUAAAAAGGCCGAUUCCGAAGACGGGGGAAUAAAGAGGGAGGAGAGUGAUGAGGAUUGA